AUGGCAAUUCCUCUAACAGCAGGAGGUGACGAGUGGGAUCACGGCAUUUUGCCACUCGAAUCAUCAUCCUUGGUGAAGGAAUGCAUUCUUGGACUAACAGAAAAGGUCAACGAGAAAGAGCUUCCCGGAUGGGCUUCUCUGGUCGCCGACUGGUGGAAUCCCAAUAUCUUGGUGUCUCAAGAGCAAUCCAUUCGCCGAUUUCUUCGUAUCUUCAAGCACAGCGAGGUCGACCACACGUAUCAGGAUCUCCUUAAGAAUUACGAUGAUGAAACUCAACACAUUUUUGAAGCUUUUGUGGAUGGGAAGAUCGAUGCUGAAGAGGCCAGCAAAUUAUAUCACCCAUACCAUUCAGUGACAGCGUUGAAGCCUGCCGGCGGCUGCCGUAAUGGAGACUUGAGCACCCUCAAUCAGAAUGAUCGUCAAAAUAUAGCCCUGCAGGGAUAUGCAGACUUGCUAAGGGCCUUUCCAACAAGUAUACCUUCAAGGAUAAGGAGGUAUUUUUGGAAACGCAUUCCGUUCUUCAAGCAGGAGAAGCAUAAGCUUCGCGUCAAGUCUUACUACAAUCUCAACUUCCGUAAUCAUGGGAGAACUAUACACAAUACGCCGGCGAUUACAUGCGUGCCCGAGACCACAAAGGAUAUCCAAGACAUCGUAAAAUUUGCUAAAGCACACAAAAUGGGUGUCAGAGUUUCUGGUUUUCGCCACUCAUGGUCCCCAGUUUUCGGGCGCUUGAACACCGCAGGAAUGAAGAACAACGGCGACAUCUUGAUUUCAACACUAGGUCUGAUUGAUGCGACUAUCCUCCCAAACUUUACGUCUAUGCCCACCGAUAUCUUCCAACCACAUGCGAAGGACUUGAACUCAAUUACAAUAGUUGAAGCUAGUUAUGUGAGAGGCCCAGCCCUAACGAAUGGGGCUAAGUAUGUGAGACUGGGUACAUCGACGACUAACAAGCAGCUUCGUAAGUGGUGUAUCGAGAUAGGUAAGGUAACGCUUCCACUUCAGAUUAUUGAAGUCGAAAUCACGAUGGGCGGUAGCAAUGCCACCAUUUGUCACGGUGCUGGACUCCAACAUCCGACAUUAAGUGAUCUAGUCCGUGCAAUCGAAUAUGUUGACGCGAAUGGUAAUUUGAACAAGAUUGACUUGUCAACUCCAUCGUUUCUACGUGCAGCAGCAGGGUGUUUCGGUCUUAUCGGUAUUGUCACUCAUUUAACAUUGGAGUUUGAUGCUAUGUCUUGCGCUCUCCUCGUCCCCCGAAAGAUACCCGUAAUUGAAGCAAUCCCUCCUCCGCUCGAUAUGCCUUAUUCAGCAAUACCGCCGGCAUUGCGUCCAGCACAACCACUUUCUAAAGAACGACAGCGCGAGAACCAGGAAGAAUUUGAGCGCCGAGCUCUCAAUGACUACUACGCCGAAUGGUUCUGGUUUCCAUAUUCGAGUGAGGUCUGGGUCAAUACAUGGAGCAAAACCACAGAUUUAUCUAAUGCCGUAACGUACCCUAACAACGGGAAAAUAAUCCUACAAGUUUUCGGAACCUUUGCUACCCAGAUUAUUCAGAAUGCAACUAUUCUCCUCAAGCUCACUGACAAUAACCCUGAGAGACAAACGAAACUCUUAUCAUGGCUUGCUAUGAAGAAUCUCGAUGAUGUUGGACCGGGCGGAAACCCUAUCAAGACCUGGCUUACGGAUGCCCUACACUUUCAGCGUGGAGUACAGAAUCUACGCGUACGAGACAUGGAAGUUGAGCUUCCACUACAACCUAAGGAACGGGAUCUGGAGCUCUCUACAAGGUCCGAUUCUAGAGGAAACCCUAUAGAUACCACCAUUAAGAACCCCCCAAUCGAUUUUUCGGUGGUUCAGCGCGCCUGGUGGGAUGCUAUUAUCGAAUGUUAUCGCCACAUUGACACCUGCCCCCAACGAAUGCCACUGGAAAUGCGAAUCAUGGGUAAUAGCAAUAUUACACUUGCCCCUCAACGAGGUUACACGCUGGGAACAUGUUCUAUCGAGAUUGUUACAUUAAGUAACACUGCAGAUAUAUGGCCGGCAUACGCGCAAAAAGUGUUAGAUCGCUGGUCAAACUACAAGGAUGAGAGGGGCAACGGCAUUCCAGUGCGACCGCAUUGGGCAAAAGAGUGGUAUGGUUAUACUAUGAGGGGGAGGAGAUGGGAAGAUUUCUUGAAAGAGGAGGAAGCAGAGAAUGGUGGAUUCAAGGCAGAAUUCGAGGAAUGGAGAGAUAUUGUAGGACAACUAGCGUCAAGAGAUGGCUGGGAUAUAGAGAUAGCUAGAGAUAUGUUCGGCAAUGAGGUACUGAACGAACUGAUUUGGAGUCCACCUCGUGGCACGGCAUCUACAAAGGCAAUGAGCAACGGCUAG